AUGCUUGGAUCCGUGUCACUUGACUAUCAGAAAGAACAGGAAGUACACGAAGCUCUUGAGUUAUCAGUGAGUGGUGCUGCUUUUGACAUACAGAUUAUCAUUAAGGUGCGAGAUGUAAAUAACAAAGAUCCUGUGUUUGUAGGAGCACCGUAUCACUUCGUAACUGUACAAUCUGCUUAUACAGGUGUAAUAGUCGGUGCUGUUACUGCUUUCGAUCCUGAUACGCAUGCAAAUUUAACUUACGAAAUAAUUCCAAGUGAUAAAUUAUCGAUCAAUAACAAUGGGGUUAUUUCAGUUCAUAAUAUUUUCAAUCCGAAUACUACUAUUCAUAAUGCAAAAGUUAUCGUUAGAGAUGGAAUAAAUAGCGUCAAUGAGGAUAUCGUUAUUGAUAUUCGCCAAGCAACUAAUACUGAUCAAGAACCCAAGAAUUUCAAUGGAACAAUUGCUGAAAAUGAAGGGUCUCUGACAGUUAUUGUAACUGUUAAUGUACCCGAGUAUGAAAGGUAUCGAUUUGCCGACCAAUCAGAUAAAAAAGAUUUCACUAUCGAAUCUGAAACGGGAGUAAUAAGAAGCGCAAGAUCAUUUGACAGGGAGAAGGAGCAGGAAUUCAAACUUACAAUAGUAGCUAACAAAAAAAACGAAGCAACGUGUUCUCUAGCGGUAAUUGGCGUGGUGACAAUUUUAAUAACUGAUGUGAACGAUGAAUCUCCUAUAUUUAUUGGUGCUCCUUACAACGCUACGGUUGUAGAAGAGGAACCGGGUAAAGAACUGUUGGUUGUUCCUGGCCUGUCAACUACUGAUAAUGAUCUUGACCCGACUGUCAUUUAUAGCCUUCAAACACAUGAAGAUAAAUUUGUUAUUGAUCCAACCAAAGGCACUAUCAGAACAAACGUCAACAUUGACAGGGAGCUUUACCAGUUGCUUGAUAUCAUAGUGAAUGCAUAUGAUGGAGUUCACAACACCAAUACUACAGUAACCGUAAAAAUAAUUGAUAUUAAUGACCAUGCUCCUUUAUUCACAGGUCCCAAAAGUUUCACUGUAAAAGAAGAUUCUUCAGUUGCAAAAAGUGUAGGAAACUUAACUGCAAAUGAUACUGACGAAGGUAAAAAUGCAAAAAUAACAUUUGACCUCGUAAGUGAUGGCGGAUAUUUUCGAAUAAAUCAAACAACGGGAAACAUACUUGUUGCUAGACAACUGGAUCGCGAGACUGUCGAAACUCAUUACGUGACUGUGUAUGUACGUGACAAUGGUGACAACAUCCUAUCUGCCACUGCAACAGUAACUUUAAAAAUUGAUGAUGUAAACGACAACCCACCAGUGUUUGAACAUGACCAGUUAACAGUUGAAUUUGAUGAAAAUAAAACUUGCGAAAAUGUUAUCACAAAACUUUAUGCAUAUGACAUAGACAAACCUAAUACGUCAAACAGUCAGAUAAUAUAUUCUUUAAAAAGAUAUUUCAACGAAGAACGAGUUGUUGAAGUGAUUAAGGUCAUUGACUUGGAUUCAGGAAAUAAUGCAAAAAUCCAUUUUGAAAUAGGUGGUACAGCAGCAAAUUUCCUUAAAAUUGACCAAAAUGGUGGAAUAUUACGUACAGAAAGAUUGGCAAAUCCAGAUGACGGUGAUUACAGCUUAACUAUAAAAAUUACAGAUUAUGGUAUUCCAAGUUUGACUAACACAGCUUCCAUGACAGUCAGAGUGCAAAAACAUUCCCAAGAACAGUCUCUUAAAUUUAUUCAGCAAGAAAUAAAUAUGACAGUUGUGGAGAACAGUGCACACAAUUUGCCCUUAAAAUCCGUAUCAAAAUACGUAGAUAAUCCAGACAAUCAAUCUUUAAAAUAUGAAAUUAUUGAUAAGAGUGAGGACCUUUCGUUUUUUGUAAAUGAAUUAGAUGGGAAAGUUAUCUUAAUCAAAGACAUUGACAGAGAACUGAAAGAAGUCCACGAAUUUGUUAUUCGUGUGAGACAUACAAAUAAUGCAGACAACAGUGAUCUAGCUUUAGUAAGAGUCUGGGUUCUCGACGAAAAUGAUAACGCACCAUUAUUCGCCUCAAAGGCCUAUUAUUUCAGAAUGAACGAAAAUAAACAAGAAGGAACUGUCGUGUCUCAAAUAACUGCAGCCGAUGCCGACAUUGAGAAAAACGCUGAUAUUGAAUUCACAUUAUCCGGAGAGAGUUGCCAAGAUGCCUUUUCUCUUAAUAACGAAGGAGACGGAAAAGCAUCGAUACAAUUGCGGAUAGAAGUGGAUUAUGAGGUACAACAUACUUGUACUUUCGAUGUCAAGGCUUAUAACCCAAACAAGGUGAUGAUGUGGUCCAAUGCUUCCGUUGUUAUCAUUAUAGAAGAUUAUAAUGACAACAAACCUGAGUUUAUUGGAUCUACCAGUAAUAAGUAUACAGUUAAAAUACCUGAGGAUACGAACAUCAACAAUCAUCUUCCAUCAUUUGGUCAGGUGCACGAUAAAGAUAGCAGAGAGAACAACGACAUAGAAUUGACUGUAGUCAAUGAUGAUUGUUGGUUUACUGUUAAUAUAGUAAACACUGAGAUGUUUUUAAAGGUCAAGCCAAACAUUACACUGGAUUAUGAUAAAGGUGUUGUACAAAAUGAAUGUACUCUCAUUGCGUCGGACAAAGGUGUACCUAAACUGUCGUCUACAGCCACUCUGAACAUUAGUAUAACUGAUGUUAAUGAUAAUUCACCUGUACUAUCUAACCCUGGCAUCACCAUAAAUGUAUCACGUGAUGCUGAGCCCGGAACCAUUAUUGUUGACAAAAUACCUGCUACAGACAUCGAUUCAGGUGUAAACGCAAUGUUGGUUUAUAGGAUAGAAUCAUCUGAACAUAGUUCAAGGUUUGCAAUUGAUGCUUACACAGGUAAAAUUACCGUAAAUACUGUACUUCAGAGUGUUCAGAAAGACGACAUUAUGCUCAGUGUUAUUGUUUCUGACAAAGGUUCACCUCAAAGAUCAACUAGAGCACAGGUGACAAUCAAAAUUAAGGAUGAUAACCCACGACCCUUUUUCGUUGAUCAAUCAAUGAGUGUAAAUAUUCAGGAACAUACCAAUAUCGAUGACGGAAUAUUGGGAGUAGUUAAAGCACGUGACAGGAGAGAUGGCGGUGAGAUAAACAUUUGCAAUUGUACUUAUUUACUAGACACAAAAAGAGAUGACAUAAUUAUUGUAAAAGAGACAGGAGUUAUUAAGUUCAGAAAUAGUAAUCACACACUUGAUCGAGAAAAUGAAUAUGGUGGACAAGUUAUUGUUGGUGUAAUAGCAACCGAUAAAGCAGAACACCCUAAAAAUUCCUCAACAAUGGAGUUCAAAAUCAAGAUUACAGAUAUUAACGAUCAGGUUCCAGUCUUUAACCAGAUAAAUUACGCAUUUGGCAUAUUUCAGUAUGCGCCUGAUGAAACCUAUAUAGGAGAGGUGAAUGCAGUUGACCUAGACGAGAAUCCUGAAACACAUUAUUUUAUCAACAUAACGGAAAGCAGUGUUGGUUCAGUUGUUAAAAUAGAUAAAUUAACAGGAAAAAUAGUCAAGUCUGGAAACAUGUCACUUAGUAGUGCACAAAACGUACAAAUAAAGGGAAAUGUGUUUGCUCAGGAUGGAAAAGAUGAAAAGAAGUCGCCUAGCCAUGCUGAAAUCAUAAUAACAAUUCAAUUUGAUGACAAAAAUAAUCAUACGCCUGUCUUUGAAAAAAGUUUGUAUGAACCAAAUAUUGACUGGAAUUCACCAGCUGGUUUUAAGAUCGAAGACGUAAUUGCAACAGAUGAUGAUGACGGAAAAGAAGGGAAAGUUACAUUAUCCAUUAUAGAUGGAAACACAAGAGAGUUCUUUUCGAUAAACGGAAAAGGUGAAGUGCAUUUAAGAUAUCAACUAGAUUCCUCUAUAGGAAAAGACCCUACAGAAAUAGUUACCUUGAUCGUAAAAGCUGAGGAUAGUGGAAUUAUUCCAAAGAACAGUAAUGCCACUGUCAAAAUACGGAUUACUGGCAAAAACCCGGGGACUUGUAUACAAGGAGCAGAACAUUCUAAGCAAUUGCUAAAUAUAGAGAAUGAACGUGACAGCUGGUCUUAUGCUUUGUAUGGACUCGUAGCAGCAUUGUGUUUGGCAAUAUUGCUGUCUUUUACAUUUCUAUACAAGUGGCGGACAUCUCCAGUGUCUGAAACAACUCCUCCAACCGGGAAAAUGAAAUAUUUUGACAACCCUAUUCCUUAUGAUCAUCUGAGGAAACGACAGCCUGUAGAAUAUUCGCAUUCAAAUGAAUCGUUUGAUCCCCCAAGUAGAAACUUUGAUUUCCCAGACGACACAGACCAGUAUCAAAGAGUUACAGAGCCUGAAGGAGAAGCAAGUUUUAGGAGACCACCCGAUAAUAAACCUUUACACACUUCAAGGCCGUUAUCUUUUGACGAACCAACACCAGAUUACCCUGUUUACGAAUUUGAAGGAAAAGACCCCAAACCUGCCAUCCCGUCUACAAGUAGAACAUCCGAAAACUGUUGAAAAUUUUAUAUAUAUUUCAAAUUUCCUGUCUUAAAUACCUUCAUCACACAAAUCAUCUCAUUUCAGAAUUUUUUAGAAUUGGUAAUUUGAUUUCCAAUUCUAUUUGACUAUUGUAUUUACGUCGAUCUUGAUUGUUUAUAUCAAAUUGUUUCCAGUUUGCAGUUCUUAUCAUGAAUAGUAUUGAUGUAUGUGAUAUGGUGACCAUUGCAGGCACACAAUCUAAAUGUAUUUAAACAUGCAUGGUAAAUGUGUUUAUAACCUUCAUUCAAUUAAAGUAUUGCAUUAAUUAUAAUCAUUUACAUAUUGUUCAUAUUUCAUUAUACAUUAUCUUCAGUUUGAAUUAUAUUGUUUUUACCGUUUCUGACAUGAAAUGUAUUUUACCUUUUAAAAUGAACACAAAAACGAAAAUAUUGAACAAUAAAUUGUGUAUCAUACCACAAAUCGCUUUUUUAAAUAAUGUGAUAUUAAAUGUUCUUUCCAAGUGAAUUUAUGGAUGUGUAAAAUGAUCCGUCCACUCACAAACACUAACUAACACAGAAAUAAAUGCAGGAAAAUUUUUUUGAUAUGAAGUGUCACUGAUACUAGUAUAAUAUCUUAAUCUGUAAAUAAUAUCCGCAUAUUGUGUAUAGUUUAUAUAAGUCCCUUUUGUGGAGUUGAGAAAACUUGAUUAGUACAUUAUAAUACAAAAUCUUUAGAAUGAGUUAUAUCCCCGCUUAAGAUACCCCUGCUUUGUAACGCUUGUGGUAUAUAUUGAUGGGAGAGUCCGUCCUACUGCAAGUACGUUCCUGCUUUUGGUCUUUGUUUUAAUUCUUCUGUCUAACUUUGGCUUUUGUUUUUAGCUCACCUGACCUGAUGGGCCAAGUGAUUCAGGCCAGGUGAGCUUUUCUCAUCACUUGGCGUCCGUCGUCUGUCGUCGUCCGUUAACUUUUACAAAAAUCUUCUCCUCUGCAACUACUAGGCCAAAUUUAACGAAACUUGGCCACAAUCAUGAGUGGGGUAUCUA